AUGGCGGCACUGUCAGGCAAAGGCGGAGAAGCAGCCGGACCAGAUACCGAACACCGCGAUCACGCCACGCCGGCCGGCCGCCCACGCUCACUCACCCGGUGGCGCCGCGUCCGCACCAACUACUGCGAUUCUAGUCCGCGGCUCCCGCAGAUAAAGCUUCCCGCCGAGCUGGACGCGCAGUCCGAGGGGCCCUCAGGGAUCGCCGCAGCCGCGGACCAACCGGGCGGGAGGCUAGGAGGCGGGGUAAAGAACGUAAGGCUUUUUACACGCCUCUACUUCCGGAAGCCGGGACACUCGACGAACUACGAUGGUCACCCGGAAGUAUUUGCUAUGUACCCUCUCGAUUGGACAGCCACGUACCACGGAGAAUUUUUGGCCCGCAUGCAUCUGCUAAGUCUUGAGUUACGGGUGGUCACCAACACCUGUAAAAUGAUACACGACCGUCUCCAAGAUAUUUAUACCUCCACCUUCUUUACAGAGUCAUUCUCAGUAGCCAAGAGGGCGCGCCUGACGCACGCUCCCGCUAUAAGUGCGACCCGCUGGCCACCAGCCUCAGACGUUCUCGCCCGGAGUCGCCGCGGUUUCCUGCUUCAACAGUGCUUGAACGGAACCCGGUGCUCGGCCCCUCCGACCCCAGCCGGCAGCUCCGAGCCUGAGCCCUCUGCAAUCUCGUCGCGCCGCCGCUCCAGCCUCGCCACCGCACCUCGCCCCGCUGCCGCCGUGACCACCGCGUUGACCACCGUGUCUGCCUCUCAAGUGCGUCAGAACUACCACCAGGACUCAGAGGCUGCCAUCAACCGCCAGACCAACCUGGAGUUGUAUGCCUCCUACGUCUAUCUGUCUAUGUCUUGCUACUUCGACCGGGAUGAUGUGGCUCUGAGGAACUUUGCCAAGUACUUCCUCCACCAAUCUCACGAAGAGAGGGAACACGCUGAGAAACUGAUGAAGCUGCAGAACGAACGAGGUGGCCGGAUCUUCCUGCAGGAUAUCAAGAAACCAGACCGUGAUGACUGGGAGAGCGGGCUGAACGCAAUGGAGUGUGCACUGCACUUGGAAAAGAGUGUGAAUCAGUCACUACUGGAACUUCACAAACUGGCUACUGACAAAAAUGACCCCCAGUUAUGUGACUUCAUUGAGACACAUUACCUGAAUGAGCAGGUGAAAUCCAUCAAAGAACUGGGUGACCACGUGACCAACUUGCGCAGGAUGGGAGCCCCUGAAACUGGCAUGGCAGAGUAUCUCUUUGACAAGCAUACCCUGGGACACAGUAAUGAGAGCUAAGUUGACUUCCCUAAAGCCGCGUGACUUCCCUGGUCACUGAGGCGCAGUGCAUGCAUGUCGGUCUGCCUUUAUCUUUUCUAUAAGUUGCACCAAAACAUCUGCUUAAGUUCUUUAAUUUGUACCAUUUCUUCAAAUAAAGAAUUUUGGUACCCA